AUGGCUACUAUCGUUGCUGCCUGGCCUGAAACUGCUGAGGACAACGUACCUACAGUGCCAUGUUUAUCUGCUGAUGGACAUUUACUUGUACUAAGUGCUGGCGCAAGUCGUGUGCGCUAUGGCGUAAAUAUGGGUCGCAUUCUUAGAUUUCUUUUUGGUACUUUAUCUUUUAUAAUAGCAUUGAUUGCAAUUGGUCUUGGAUAUUUAAAACUUGAUAAUGUUUAUCGACAAAAAUUCUUUGCUAGUUUUUUAAAUAAAAUAUCCGAUCCUAAUAAUUCUGCUAUCAUGAAUCUACGAUGUAAUGAAUUAUUAAAACAUUCUAAUGUUAAAGGUCAUGUAUUAGAAAUUGGUGCUGGUACAGGAAUAAACUUUCCAUGUUUAUAUAAUAACACAAGGAUUAAAUCAUAUAUAGGUAUUGAACCUAAUAUUCAUAUACAUCCAUAUUUUUAUAAUUUUAUUAAACAAUGGGACAUUCCAUAUAAAGUUCGUCUUUUGAAUAAUUCAGCAACAGAUAUGCAUGAAGUUGAAUCGAAUAGUAUUGAUACAGUUAUUAUGACAUUAGUAUUAUGUAGUGUACCAGAUCCAUUACCAGAAAAAAUUCUUCUUGAAGCACAUCGAAUCUUAAAACCAGGUGGACAUUUUAUUUUCUUUGAACAUGUUGUUGCUAAUCCUAAAACUAAUCCAUUUAUUUAUGGAUUUCAAAAAACGAUUCAACCAUUUUGGGCUAUUAUUGGUGAUGGUUGUCAAUUUAAACCAAUAACAAAUUACUUCGAUGCUAUGAAAAAUGUCUAUUCAAAAGUUAAAUAUAAACAUACUGAUUGGCCUUCUCCGUUUUUUUUUGUUAAAGAUGCUGUCAAAGGAAAAUUGAUCAAAUAA